AUGCGCGAUCGACAAGCUCCUCGAAGGUAUGAGCCGUACAAUGAUCAAGAUCAGAAGGCAGUGCGCCAUCAGCAAGUGCCUCGAAGGUACGAGCCGUACGACGAUUAUGAUCAGCAGGCAAUGCGCGACCAGCAAGCGCCUCGAAGAUACGAGCCGUACAAUGAUCAUGAUCAGAAGGCAAUGCGCGAUCAGCAAGCGCCUCGAAGGUACAAACCGUACAAUGAACAAGAUCAGAGGCGACAGGGCUACCAUGGCGACGAAAGGCAGCAGGAUUACCGAGCUCAACGUGGCUACGGGACGCCAAAUUUUCCGACGCAACAGGGUAAUUCUUAUCCUUCAAAGCAGUUCGGCGGGCGGCGCCGCAGGGAGGAUGGCUCGUACGGCGGCCGGCGUGUUCCGGCGGAAGAAGUUCAGAACGGCGGGUAUCGUCAGUACAGGGAGCGUAUUCCGGCGGAAGAAGUUCAGAACGGCGGGUAUCGUCAGUACACGGAGCCGCCUCGUGUACACUUUCGUCCUCCUACAGCUCAGCCUUACUAUCAGCAGAGGGAGCCGCCUCGUGUGCAGCUUCCUUCUCCUCCAGCCGUCGAGGAUGCACUUGCUCGCCGCCCGGAAUUCGACCGGGGCUUUGGACCUAUGCAGAAGAAGCAGAAGAGGGACGAGUCGGAGCGACACGACAUGUCAUCCUCCACCCAAGACGACCUCCUUCCGCUGAAGAAGCAGUGGACCAAGAAGCGCCAAGCCCAGGACAUGGACUCGACGCUGAAUAACUGGAUCCCAAAGGCCCGGCGAACCCGGGAGAACUGGUGCGAGUACCACCACAGCGGCCACCACGGCGCGGCCCAGUGCCGUCGACUGAAGCAGCUGAAGCAAAUCAUCCAGAGGGAGCUGGCGGACGCGAGCAAGGAAGACGACCCACCCAAGGGGCUGCUCCAGGAGAUUAUACAGAUUGAGGGGGAACCAUACAGGGCGAUCGCCGACGGCUCGAAUUCCGACUCCAGAAUGGCGAUGUCAACAUUCUCUGCUACGAGCCUUGCUAGCCGGCUGCAACGCCAGAUCAAUGGCCUCGUCGACGCCGACCGGUCCGGUUUCAUCACCGGAUGCAGCAUUUCCGAGAACUUCGUCUAUGCCUCUAAGAUGAUGCAAUGCUGCCACAAGCGUGUCAUCCCAACUCUGGUGAUGAAGUUGCACUUCGCCAAGCCUUCGAUUCAAUGA